AUGACCGAUAUUGUGAAGCCUGCCGAGAUCAGGUCGGAGGACAUUAAGACCGCCAACCCAGACACGGAGGAAGUGAAAGAGUUUACUAUUGACACGAAGCAUACCGACGAAGCCUUGAAGGUUCUGGUUGGAUAUAGCGGUGAACAAACUUGGACGGAAAAAGAGGAGAAACACCUACGUCGAAAGAUUGAUCUCAGGUUGAUGCCGGUGUUAUGCAUGACGUAUGGGCUGCAAUACUACGAUAAAGCCAUGCUCUCUCAAGCGGCUCUAUUUGGUCUACGAACGGAUUUGCAACUUAGCAAAGGGAAUCGCUACUCCUUCUCCGCUGCCAUUUUCUACCUUGGUUUCAUCGUUGGCGCAUACCCUGCAAUGAUACUCGCACAGCGCUUCCCAAUUGAGCGUGUUGCUUCUGCGAUCGUCACAGUUUGGGGAUUUUGUUUGAUCCUCACUACCGUGUGCUAUAACGAGCAGGUAUUAGCCUUCCUUUUCGGAAGCUUGGAUGACAUAAUCAGGCGUCUCGCUUAG